AUGCAGCAGCAGCAACAACCCCACAUGGAAUGUCAAUUCAAUAUUACUCAUGCUGCUGAUGGCUAUACCCCGCUGCCCAUACAAAGUUUUCCCACCCUGAUGGCGGUGGGCAUGAAUUUAUUCAAUCACGUUUUAAUUGUGACACUGACCUCGUAUAUGGUCUAUAAAUGUUGGCUACUAGAAUUUCAAAAGACCGCCCUGCAUGCCCAUCUUUGUACACUUGGGUUUGUUCUCCUAAUGGCCGAGGGUGUAAUGGUCCGUUAUCGGGCCAAUAUUCUAUUCGAUGACUAUUCAGCGGAAAGUAAGACCCUGCUGCAUGCCUUAUUACAAUUUAUGGGUGGAUUUUUGGGUAUCAUUGGAACAUUGCAAAAAUACUGGGGUAAAGAGACCCAUUUUAAGUCACGUCAUGCAAAAUUUGGUUUGGCUGCCUGCAUAUUCUGUUUCAUAAAUUUCAUCGCCGGUUUCUGUACCCUGAUCUUACCCUCUAGCCGUAUUGCCAUGAAACUCCUACACACAUCCUUGGGCCUUUUGACAUUUGUCACCGGUAUGUUGGCUCAGAUCUUUGGCUAUGACACCGGGUUCUUUCAACGCAAUUUUACCCAUAAGAGGCUAUUUAAAUUUGUCACCUUUGUUAUAAUGGCCAUAUCGAUUAUUGGACCCUUUAAGAUGAUUACACAAAAAAUGCACAGCACUUUUGUUAAUUAUAUGCCGCAGGUGAAUAUCUAA